AAAUCUUUGAGCCUGUUCUUCUCUCGUAAUUACUGACACUACCAAACCCACCUCCCGAAAAGCAUUUUGGGAGGCGUCCGCCGCCCGCCGCCGGCGACCGAGGAGAGAGGGAGCGCCGCCAGCCAUGGCGAGGAAGCACGGGUGGCAGCUCCCGGCGCACACCUUGCAGAUUGUUGCAAUCACUGUAUUCUUCCUUCUGGUGGUUGCAUUUUAUGCCUUCUUUGCACCAUUUCUGGGAAAGCAAGUCCUUGAGUAUGUUGCGAUCGGCAUUUAUACUCCCAUUGCAUUGGCUGUUUUCAUCCUUUACGUCCGGUGCACAAGUAUUAAUCCUGCUGAUCCUGGGAUCAUGUCAAAGUUUGAGGAUGGAUUUAUCAAUGUACCUGUCAACAACGAUGGAUCGGGAGGCAUAAACUUACCCCAGAAAGCAAACAGUGGUGUUGGAACUCACUCUCCAACAUCUACUUGCAGAAGCUCUCUAGAUGGCCAUUCUAAUCAGAGAGGUUCGUCUAUAGGGGAAGCAAACAUAAAUCUGAGCUCACAACUGCCGAAGAAAAGAUCAAACUGUUACUUCCUUGGUGGGAUCGUGUGCGCUUUAUUUGUCAAGGAGGACUGCCGAAAGCCUGAUGAUUCAGAGCAACAAGCUAGUGGCGAAGAAGCUCUUUUUUGCACAUUAUGCAAUGCUGAGGUUUGCAAAUUCAGUAAACAUUGCAGAAGUUGUGACAAGUGUGUGGAUGGAUUUGAUCAUCAUUGUCGGUGGCUGAAUAAUUGUGUUGGGCGGAAGAACUACUUCACGUUUAUUGCUCUGAUGGCCAUCAGUCUCUUAUGGCUUGCAAUUGAAGUUGGAGUGGGCAUUGCUGUUCUUGUCAUCUGCUUUGUCGAUAAGAAUUCAACAAGAAAUAUCCAAGAAAAGCUUGGAAAUGGCUUGACUCCUGCUCCCUUUGCUGUCAUUGUAGGUUUAUUCACUUUGCUUUCAUUGGUGGCCUGCGUACCUUUAGGGGAACUUUUCUUCUUCCACAUGAUAUUGAUCAGAAAGGGGAUCACAACCUAUGAUUAUGUGGUUGCAAUGAGAGCUAUGAGUGAGGGACUUCCAGAGGAUGAGGAAGGAGCAAAUAUCAUCUAUUCCCCAUCAAAUUCAGCCACCACAGGAUUCAGUGUUGGAAGUUCUCUUGGCCUUCACCACAAGGGUGCUUGGUGUACACCUCCAAGAAUAUUUAUUGAUCACGAUGAAGUGAUUCCACAUUUGGACCCUGGGAUGGUACCUUCAACUGUGGAUCCUGAUGCUGCUGGAUAUGCUGAAAGAGCAAACAAAUCCAAGAAGCCAGUGAAGAUCAGUGCCCGAAGCCUUGCAAAGCUGGACAGGAACGAGGUAAUGAAAGCUGCAGCCAAAGCUCGGGCAUCAUCCUCUGUUCUCCGGCCAAUAGAUGCCCGCCAUGGCCAUGAAGCUGACAUUAGCUCCAGUGGUAAUGCCAGCGUCAGGAGUAGCAUGAGUGUCGACUACAACGGUACAAAGGAAUCCCGGAGCGAGAUGAGGCUCUCUCCUCUUCAGAACUCAUACCCGCAGAGUCUUGCAAGCAUGGAUGACUACGAGACAGGCACACAGACUGCGAGCAGUUUAAGCAGCCCGGUCCACAUCCACAAGCUCGCCACUCACUCUCAGUCUCGCGUAGCGCCUCAUCCAGCUCCACCUCCCGAAAGGCCUGCGCUAGGGAUUACAAGGCCACCUGUUCCCACCACACAGAUAAACAACCCAAUGUUUCAGUCAGCCACAUCUUAUGUCCGGGAGAACCGAAGAGCAUCUGUUGUAUGGGAUCAAGAGGCUGGGCGGUACGUGUCAGUACUUGCGCAAACAAGAACAGGACCUGGUGUCGAGCUCCCCGCAAGAAACCCAGGUUUCUUGGCAAACCCAAGUGGCGAACCGGGCAACCAUGGUAGAAAUCUUGCGCCUGCAAACGCAUCUUCAGCAGCGAUUCCUCCAGGGCAGCCCUCUGAGAGGUUGACAUACACAGGCCAGUCGAUAUUCUUUGGUGGGCCCAUCUUGAGUACCACUGGCAUCAACGCUGAAAGGAGUGAGGCGGGCACAAGAGCGCGCCCCGAGGCAAGCAGAGAUCCGAGCGCCCAGCAGCGUGAUAUCCGUGGCGAGAGGGCUCGCACGGGCUCCUUCCCGCUGUUUGAGCCUGGGAAGUUUUAGAGGAUCCCAGUUUAUUGACGAGUGACUUUUACCUGCUGUUUUACUGCUCUAUGUCACCUGCUCAAGUGCCACCGUGACAAUGGGUGAUGUUGUUGCACUGCACCCCACAUGAAAAGCGUCAGAGAACCGGGGUUGCAUCGAGGAGUGGCAGUCCUCACAUGCAGGGAUUACGAUAAUGGUUAGAGCGAGGAUGGCAACUUUGUUGGAUGUUACAAACUGAUCGAUACCUGUCGGUUUCUUUCAUGUGCGUUAGGUGUCGAGCCGUGUGGUGCGCUAGACAUGUAGUAGAAGGGGCCUGAUCAAACUUUUCCUGAUGUAAAAACCAUUGGAUUGGCAGCUCGCUUUCUUGCACAUUGCAGGCCUUGGGAGUGUUGGUUUUAUUGGUUACAGCCCACAUGUAUGUCUUGGCUAUGUAACAACUUCAAGGCUGCCAGUUCAGGUUUUGAUUGGUUUUA